ACUGUGUGUCGGAGGGGCUAGCCGCUUUAGCAUCAACCAUGCACGACAUAAGAAGCUGAUUUGAAGCUCCAAAAGGAAAAAGCCAAUAAAAACAGGGCAGUGUUUUAACAAGGGAGAGGUGGAUAAGGAAACAGGCUUUAUUAUCUUAUUCCUUAAACCUGUCUCUAUGAUUUCGUGGUUUCGUUCGUUGUAUGUGUGGGGUUUGGAACAAAACUAGGGCAAUACUUGGAAUUGUCGUAAACUAAGUUCUUCCACUGUAACAUUGUAAACUGUAACAUGAGCUCCUAUUUCGUGAACCCUCUCUUUUCCAAGUGCAAAGGCAGUGAAACGUUGGAACCAACUUACGACUGCAGGUUCCCUCAAGGCGUCACCCGGAGACACACGCUGGUGUACGGUGCGGGAGCGGCGGCGACGGGAUUUCAGCACCCGCCCCAUCACAUCCAAGCCUUCUUUCACCAUAGGACGCCGGCGAUCUCCACACCAGGCUACCAGCAGAAUCAAUGCGCCUUGGCUUGUCAUGGAGAUGGCACUACAUUGUAUGGAUACGAAGCCCUUCCAAAACAAACGCUUUAUGGUACCCAACAAGAGGCAAGCGUGGCGCUAUACCCAUACUGUAAAUCGUCGAAUGGCACUAACCUCGGAGAAGGACAAGGCCACCUAAAUCAAAACCAGUCUCCUAGUCUCAUGUUUCCCUGGAUGAGACCGCACGCCCCCGGAAGACGGAGUGGCCGACAGACCUACAGUCGAUACCAAACACUGGAGUUGGAGAAGGAAUUUCUAUUCAACCCUUACCUCACCCGUAAACGUCGGAUCGAGGUGUCUCACGCUUUAGGGCUGACGGAGCGGCAGGUGAAGAUUUGGUUCCAAAACCGACGGAUGAAGUGGAAAAAGGAGAACAUCAAGGACCAAUUUCCGUGUCAAAGAGUAGAGACAGAGAACGAGGGUAAUGGUGAUGGUGAGGGAGAGGGCGAUGAUGAAGGCAAUGAUGAUGGUGAAGGAGAAGAGGGAGACAAAAAGGAAACGGGAGUGGAAGAGGAGGCGAAAGAGUGAUUUGUAUUGCUCUUUCUUUUUAUGGUUAUAUGGCUUAAAAGUUGAAAGAUGGUCCCUGGAGAAGGAGAUCACAUUUUAUCACAACCGUUUUACUGAGUCAACAAGAUGAGAGAAAAAUAACUGUUCUGGAUUACAGCAAAUGGCUCUCUCUAUGAGGAUAAUAACUACUAAUAAUGUUUAUGCAGUCUCCAAACGCUGCAAAGGUUCUCAUAACAUAAAGACCUGAAGCACUUGCAAAUCAUAUUGUUACGCAUAUGUCCAUAUCACAGAAUGCACAAGAGGAUAGGAUGGCUGGAAAUGUUUAAAUGUUCCAUCAAUGUUGUCAUUCGAGGAGAAGGGUUCAUUAUUAAUACAAAUUCUUUGUACUUUUUAUUCCUCGAGUAUUUUUUAUGUGGAUUUGUGUGUGUGUAUUGGGAUGAUCGGAGUUUUAUUUUAUUCAUAACUGCCAAUUCCAAAGGUGGGGGAAAAGGGUGGCAGUUGGCCCAGUGGUUAAGAUCGUUCGGCCAGUAAGGGAUAUUUCAUGUUGGUUGUUGUUGGUUGUUGUGUCUCAAAUUUCAAUCUAUACGCCUAUUAUUUUCACAAAUAUAGGCCUAUUAUUGUGUAUUGUAAUGUAGUCUAUAUUUUGUAAACAUUGUGAGCGCUGUCUGUUCUUUUGAUCGCAAAUGGGGAGUCCCGGGCCUAUUCAAUCCAAUAUUGGGUUGGGGCGGCAGGGUAGCCUAGUGGUUAGAGCGUUGGACUAGUAAAGGUUGCAAGUUCGAAUCCCCGAGCUGACCAGGUACAAAUCUGUCGUUCUGCCCCAGAACUGGCAGUUUACCCAGUGUUCCUAGGCCGUCGUUGAAAAAUAAGAAUUUGUUCUUAACUGACUCGCCUAGUAAAAUAAAAAUAUCAAAUAAAACAAAUCGGUAAUUCGACAUAUGUAGAAUAUUUCUUGAUUCUUGACCUAAUUCUGGAAAAUGUAAGAUUCUAGAAGGCAGCAAUAAGUUAUUUUUAUGUGAUUAUUAGCCUAUAUUCGUUUUAAUAGACCGGGAACUCUUUACUACCUAAGUAGAUCUAGAUGCACUUAGAGGUGAUGUUAAAAUCUACCAAGAAAACGGUUUUGACAUUAGCAAUGUUGAUCUAUACAUUCUCACUGAAGGGACAAGCCAGUGCAAUGAUAGGCCUAUAACACAUUAUAUUGCACGAUACUUAUGGUGCUACUUGUGGCGGUACAGUAGGACUUAUAUUGAUCUUCCUUAACAAAUGUCUCUGCGCCAUACUACCUAGUCAGCUUAAGAACGGUGUAACGAGAAUUGGUGUCCCAACAACUUAAACUGCCUUAAGUAAUGCACAUUUAUUUAACCAAUAUGUUAUAAUUGAUCAAAGAAUUGUACUUCAGCGUUUAAAUAUCAUUAGCCUACAAUAUUGUGCUGAUGCAAUAGACUCAUUUUUAAUUGCACUGAAUAUGACCUAUGCAUGUCUUCGUAUUUCUUGUUGUAUAAAUCAGCUUGAUUUCUUAUGUUUAAAGUUAAAGGAGGGUAUGUUGGUUGCGAGUGCACACACACUUGAUUGGCAUGAACAUGUUCAAAUAAAUGGAAAAAAUCUGAA